CGAUUGCAUAGGAUCUUUGUCAACUAAUGCAUCGUCCAAACCCCAGCCCGUACAUUUAAUUCGAUUUAUCUUUGACAGUGACACUGUGAGAGAUUGAUGUCACAUGCAUUGAUGUGGUAUAAGGUGUCGUCAUCAUACUAGUCACCAGAAGGACAUCAGAAGAUGGCGCUGUUAUUAAACUCCACCCAUGUUAUCCUGUUGCUCCUGGCAACUAGCAUCGUGGCUACAGCAAACGAGAAUGGAGAAAGAACAAAACCUAACAUCAUUGUCUUUCUUAUGGAUGAUGUUGGCAUGGGGGAUAUCGGCUGCUUUGGAAACACCACUAUAAAUACCCCAAAUAUUGAUCAGCUGGCCAAAGAGGGCGCCAAACUCACACAACACAUUGCCCAUCCUAUAUGCACACCAAGCCGAGCUGCUCUUAUGACAGGCAGAUAUGCUAUUAGAAGUGGUAUGACAUCUUUCCACAUCAUGAGAGUAAUCUCAUUUAUUUCAGCACCAGCUGGACUUCCUUCUAAUGAAACAACAAUAGCAGAAGUAGUGAAAGAUGUAGGAUACUCAACAGCCCUCAUAGGAAAGUGGCAUCUUGGAUUCAUGUGUGAGAAAGAGGACGAUUGUUCAGAUCCAAACAGUCAGGGUUUUGAUUACUUCUAUGGUCUACCUCUCACAAACAUCUUAGACUGUGGUCAUGGAACAGUGUUUGAGGCGUGGAGGAAAAACUUCUACUUCGAGGUAACCGUCACUAUGGUUGUUCUUGUGCUAGCAACGUUCAUCCUGGUCAUGUACAGCAUUGUCGGGCAGAGAACGUUGGUCGCUGUUGUCGUGGCAAGCUCUUCAUUCUAUGUGUUCUGUCUCGUGAUGCCGCAGUUGAUCGCUAUGAUGAAUUGUGUGAUUGUAGAGAAUCAUAACGUGGUGGAGCAGCCACUCUCCUACACCAAUCUCACCCAGCGUCACACACAACACGCCCUGGAUUUCUUGGAAGAGCACAAAGAGGAGCCCUUCCUGUUGGUGAUGUCUUUCCUGCAGGCUCACACUGAACUCUAUGCUGAACCUCACUUCCUUGACAGGAGUCAGCAUGGGAUUUAUGGAGCAGCGGUGGAGGAGUUAGACUGGAGUGUUGGAGAGAUCAUGGGGGCGCUGCACAGGAUGGGCGUCGCUGAUGACACCUUUGUAUACCUCACCUCAGAUAAUGGGGCUCAUGUUGAAGAAUACACCAGGAGUGGAGAGAGGGAGGGCGGCUCAAAUGGAAUCUAUAAAGGUGGUAAAGCCAAUUGUUUUGAGGGAGGGAUCCGUGUUCCAACCAUAGUGCGCUACCCUGGGGUUGUCCCUCCAGAAUCCGAGGUCUCUGAACCUACCAGCAUAGUUGAUCUUCUACCUACUAUAGCUGGUCUGACAGGUGGUGAGAUACCAAGGGAUCGCAUCAUUGAUGGCAAGGAUAUCAUGCCGUUACUACAGGGACAGGAAGGUGGUAUCUCACCUCAUGAAUUCAUGUUUCAGUACUGUGGAGGAUACAUUCAUGGGGCAAGAUAUCGCCCAAGGAAAGGCAACCGAAUAUAUAAGCUCUUGUUCACAACUCCCAAUCUGGUAGAAGGACCCCAUGGUACUAUGGGUUGUUUUGAUGCGUAUCCCUGUAGAUGCCAGGGUCCCACUACAACCAACCACGACCCACCUCUUAUCUACGAGCUACGAUCUGAUCCUUCUGAGACUACCCCUCUGGAUCCGACCACACCCAACAUGCAGGAGAUCAUCAGGAAAGCCAAAGCAGCCGUUGCAGAGCACCAGGCAUCCAUCGCACCUACGCCGUAUCAGUUUGCCUUCAUGAGAUUGAUGCCAAGGUUUCAGGAUCAACCCUGCUGUGGGACGUUCCCAUUCUGUAGCUGUACUGAAGAUCAUUCUACAGGGUUCUCCUAUGACGACAUUAAGCCAGGUGUACCUCAUAAAGACUGGACUAGCUGAGGGCAAAGGUUAAGGGUAACGUCAUAACCUUCUUCUGGUAUAAUUGUCAUACAAUCCAAUUUCCGAGUUAUAAUAUAAUUUAGAUUGUGUCAAAUCAUGUAUGAAAUUAUAAAUAGCUUUCUUUAAUAUAAAAUCAAUCUUUUAAUGAAAGUGAGAGGUUUGAAUUUAUCCUAAUUCACAUACAUGCAGUUUUAUUAUUCUACCUUUAUGCAGGGCUUCACACUGUGAAUUGACAUCGUCAGGGUAUGUAUACAUGAUCCUCUAUUUAAAGUUCUAAUAUUUGACGUUCUGGACUUUGAUUUGUUGGGUCCCGAGAGUAUUUUGCUCUGUUUUAUAUGUGGUAAUAUAUCACAAGGUUGUAUAUGUGAAUGAUCCUAAGGUACUAGGUGUUGUGUAUUCUCAUAUCUUAAAGUUGGCGAUUACUAGAGCUUUUUGAAGCUCAAAUUUGUGCUAUUAAUAAGGCAGUUUUUAAUGUCCCACUUUAAACUUGAUAUUGUUUAAUAGUGAAUUUGAUCUCUAUGUUAAAGGUACUAUGUCCCAUUUGCAGGCCAAAAAAAAAAUGAAAAAGUUAAAUUCCAACUGCAUUUGAAAGAUAAUACUAAUUU